GGCCACAAAUUCGGGCCCCCGCACGUUUACAUUUGGAUGGGCCUCGUGCAGGCGCUGAUCGACCGGGGCGCCGCGGUCGGCCAGAACACGUUGGGCGAGCUUCAGCAGUGCAAGACGACGUGGGACGGCCUGACCUUCGAGGAGAUUGCCGAGACGGUGAGGUUCUGCAGGCAGGGCAAGAUAUACGACCCGAAGCACAAACGCAUCGCGUUCUCGCUGACCGACCUGGGGGUGCGGCAGACCGUCAUCGCAGCCAUGCGCCAGAUGGGAGAGGUCAUGGCCAGCCGCGUUUUUCCGGGCCACAUGGAGCGCGAGGCGCAGGAGUGGCUCGAGAAGUUCAUAGAGAAGUAG